GGCAGAUUCUUCGAUUGCGUUACUGUUAGCACAAGGUAGAAGCUAGCUUAAUAAAUUGAUUUUGUUGUUUGUGAUGUUAUAAUCAAGACAUGUUUCCGCCGCAGUUCAUCUCAAAAUUCUGCAUUUCUUAGGUGGUCGGUGAUGUACAUGCGAAUACAGUCGCGGUCAAAAUCAUUUCCCUUGCUGGGCCAGUAAAAUUUCACUAAGCCGUAGCUAAAUCAUCCGACAGUUAGACCACUGAAUAUCGACCAGGUCACGAGUUGGUAGACUUCGCUCAACUUCUUCAACUGCUAUUUAGUUUGGAUCAGUCACUCAUUCAUUAGGCUAAAUAGAUUUUUUUGCGUUAUAACUGAUGUCACUUCAUGAUGAAAACGCAAAAUCUAAUUCUGAACCUUAACCAUCAAGUGAAAAUCAUAAUUCUCAUUCCUCAUGCUGGUUUUUAACAUUUAUUCGGUCCUAGGUAUUAGGUGGACACUCAAGGUCACUAACGCCGGUCAAUCGACGGUUUAUGGGUUAUCUUUACAGGUCACCCAUAAACUGUAGUCUCACCACGGGUACUUACUGCCCGUACACAGUUUUCUGACUUAUAACUCUCUAGCGUUUCGUAGAUCGUGGUAAAUAUAGUCGUAUCUAACUGGGGAAAAUCUCACCAAUGCAUGUAACGUCCAAAACCGUUUAGUUGUGACUAUAAGUCAGUGAGUAGUGGUCUUACGAUUACGGUUUACUAUUGCCCAUAGGUAAUUGUGGGAUAGAAUUAAAGGCUACUAAAGUUUAUUUGUCCACUCUGGACAUCGAGUGAAAAAAAUUGCACCAGUAUGAUUUAAAACUUUCGCUGUCUAAAUACCAUAAGUGACUUCCAUGUCCCACUAAUCUGUUUUGCAUCGUUUUUCGGUUGACAGGAAGCACUGACACUCCUAUCAGUUGCUGUAAGGAAACAUUUUUCUCUAUGCUGACAUCAGUCAACUGCAUUAUUUCCUGUUCCAUGACUCAGUUUAUAGCCGACUGUGAAGAAAAUGGCGCAACACAAUGUAUAACACUAUUUGCCAGAUAAACAAAGGACUUAUUGUAGAAGUUGCAAUGAAAGAUGUCUGGAAGAUUGAAUAUGUAAAUCACUGAAUGAAUGCUUUUCAAGCUCUGUUAGUGAAUUUAAGCCAAUUGUUGUCAAUCUUUUUGAACUGUCUAUAUACAGUGAUAAUAUAUCCGAGCAAUCUGUCGUGGCAAAUUGGUUGGUAAAAACCGCUACUUGUUUUUACGGGAUUUGCUGUUUUCACAUUAAAAGUGAUCCUAAGCUCAUUUGCAAAUUUGCAAGUUCUAAAGACGUCAAUUAGUCAGAUAGUUUCUGGUUGCGGCCCGCGCGACAACGUCGAUGAUUGAUUAAAGGUGCUAAAUAGCAUGACUUGGAAUAUGUCAAGAUAGCUCAAGUAUAUGGAUUCUCUGUCUUCUUCUGGACUUUGUUUUCCAGCAUCUCAUGCCUAUACUUUCCUCUUGUCAUCCCGAAUCAUAUUUCCAAUGCUUAGUUCUUAUAAUUACAAUUUCUACUGGAUUGCUUCGAGUUUUUAGUUAUUCAUCUUGUUACUUUUAUUUCAUUGUGCUAAUGUGUUCGUUUUGGUCCAGUACACGUUUAUGCCGACUCUACGUUAAUUAUGGCCGAAUAACAUGGUAUUUUGCUUCACAAGGGUAUAGUGAUAUGUGUUUAGCUAUUACAGUCAUGUAUAUUUCAUGUAAUUUUUUUCAGAGAUCUUUUCUCUAUGUCCUUGAAUUCGGCUACUAUUCUCUAUUAGCUUUUAGUCUGUUUGUGAAAUUUCCAUUUUAUGGGCAAAUAGCUAUUCAGUAAUUUAGGUGUGUAAAAAUUAUGUAUCAAAUAUAUUUUAUGAAUCACUGGACAAGUGAUUUUGACAUAGUACUUAGUUUGUAAGGUAUAAAUGAGGGUACUUGUUUUCGAUUCAUUUCGAUUUUUAUGAAAGAGAUUUGUGUGACAUGUUUUAGUAUACAAUUUACUUUGAGGUUCCAUCUAAAUGUUUCAAGCGUUAAUAAUUUCCUGAGUUUUGUAUUUAUUUCUUUUCAUUUACAUCCAAUUUAUUGAUAACAUACAGUUGUCGUAACACCUUUGUAAUGUCAUUGAACUUCAGCGGUACUCUUCGCAAAUACUAAUUGUCCAAAACUUUUGGCCAAGUCGGACUUUUUGUUGGCUGUUUUAGUUUUGUUUUCUGAAGAAAAAAUAAAGCUUAACCUAAUUAAUGAUAAAUAUACCGGAUUCAAUCCUAGAGCAAAUUUUUAUUUAUUUGAAUUGGAAUGAACGUUCACGAGCUGCUCGUGUGUGUAGAAAGUGGUAUAAUGUGUUUCAAUCUCCUGUUUUGUGGAGGAAAAUCGUUUUUAAGCCACCGUGUCGUCGACUAACAAAACUUCAGUAUGAUAUUAAAGGCUAUCGUUUGUCUUGUUGCUUAAAGGCGAUUGGUUGCCAUAUUCGCAACUACAAGUUUUUGAAAACUGAUGACUUGUUCUUACUUAAUCGAACGUUAAACCUUGUUGCAAAGUUUCUUGAAUACAGUUUCAAAUUAGAUGUACAGAAGAAUGAACCUAAUAAUGCCUGCGAUUCAGAUGGCAAUGAAUAUAGUGACCUACCUAAAGAAAUCGAAAAUUUAUCAUAUGGAAAUCUGAACCGUAAUGCAAUGCGUGAAACAGACUAUGGACUUACUGGUUUCAUUAUUGAAGGUGAUCCAGAUGCCGAAGCUACUCUCAGGUUAAUAUUUGAGCUGCAAGAGCAUGAAAUUCAGGACUUUUCAUCUGAUUUAUCCUCUGAAAAUAGUCAAGCUGAUUUAUUCAAUGAUUUAGAGCAAUUUCAAUCGCAUAGAAUGUCUUCCAUUAGCUAUCCUCCAUCUCAUCGUUAUGAUUGUAGCAGCUUCAAACGCAGUAAAAGCUCUCAGUAUCCCUCAUCUGUGUCAAAUUUCUCACCCUUUCACCACCCACCUAUUGUUCAUUCUUUUGAAUUGGAUUUUAAUUCUGAAGUCGAUGAUUUGCGUGGUCUUGUUUAUGGAACCGGAGGUGCAUUACUGAGAACGAUUAGCCGAGUGGUACGUCAGUUAAGUGAGCUUCAUCGUCUCCACCUAGUGGAUCUUUUUCUUGUUUCCGAUGACGCCAGACAGUUAGUCUGUGAAAUAAGUGAUGUUGCUUCACAUUGUCUAAAUGAUCUCAAUCUUGUUCACUUCCAUAAGUCAUCUGUCAAUCCAAUAACCGCACAUCAUCGUGAGUACAUCCCAGGUUUUGCAAAUUUGGUCUCUGAUAAACAUCAGACUACUAACAAUGUUUCAAAUAACAAUAGCCACCAAUGUUUCAAUGAAGAUUGGUACCUUUUGGAUCCUCGUUGGCUUAGUGCUCGAUCUCAACGGACCAGCGAUAAUCCUUUGUGUGAUUUGUCUAGUCUUUUCCCUAAAAUUAUACGUCUUACUUUGAGUCCAACUCAGUUAACCGGUUCAAUGCUUCUUCGACUUUUAUAUCAAACUUCGUUACAUCAAUUAUCUUUAAUUCAAACUGAUUUGACUGUAUUUACCAUACCUCGUUCUGAAAAUCCUCCUGUUCAACGAACUAUUUCAUAUGAUUCUGAUGAUUUAUAUAUGGGAUUUAAUGAAGAUCAAAGUUUUGAUCCUAGUGAUUCAAGUAUGCUGGAUUUGAUUGAUUGGACUGAAGAUGUUCCACGUAUUCGAAGAUAUGGAACUAAUCAAGAUACAACAUCUGGUUGGAAACCGAUACCUUCAAACGUGUGGCGUGCUGCUCUUAUUCUAUGUCCACAUCUUACCAUUCAUUUAAAGUUGGAGUUAGUUGAAGAUUUAACUUGUUUACGGUGGAAAAGUCCUUCAUCAUCUGAUAAAUUCAAUUCAAUUCAUAAUUUACUAUCUUAUUGGCCUGUUCCUCCUGCACCGGUCACUUCAAUCACAUUGAUUCUAACUGGAGAACCUGCAUUUAUGGCUGGUUUACUAAGUCCACAAAAUACAAUCAAUCCUAUAUCUUAUUCACAAUCACUUACAUCAUUGAUAAUAUUAUUGGAAAAUAUACCUUCUGAAUUGAAUAUAACUGGUUCAAUUAAACAAUUGAAUGAAUCAUGUAAAGAUAAUAAUUCAUAUGGAUUAGAUCAUGUUCUACAAGAUUUGAUUAAAGCCUGUCCACAUCUUAAUCUACUAGCUCUUGGUGGUUCAAGUGCUUAUGUUCAUAUUUUAACCUUAUUGGUAAUAUGUCGUCAAAGAAAUCAAUGUUGUAAUUCUAUGAAUGAAUGUAAAUAUAGUCCAUUACAAUUAGUUAUCCAAAAAGAAUGUUGUCAGUUAGAUGGUGUUUGUCCAUUAACUGUUCCAGCUACAAUAUCUACAUGGUAUAGUACAAUGAUGACUGAGUCGAUAUCGUCUAGAUUAAGAAUAGCAGAGUGUUGCAUUUGCACUGCAUUAGGUCAACAUCGAUGGCAUUUUUUAACAAAUUCAGAAUUUCAUAAUCAACUUAGUAAUUAUUUGUUAUAAGUUAUUCAUUUACUUAUCAUCUAUUAAUGAGUUGUUUUUCCUUUUGUUAAACAAUGAUUUCCCCUAUCCUACUCACCAUUUUUAGAUUAUUUUAAUUUCUCCAUUUUUCCGUUUGCAUCCCUUUACUUGUACCUUCGUGUUUUGCUUAUCCCUAGUCUUUCAUGAACCAUCUUUGAAUUUUUUUAACACAGACACUAAUAUAAUGAUAUUUACAUGAAUGAGAUAAUUUUUUAAUUUAUCCUAAGUAUAUAACGAAAAUUUAGUGUUAUCACUAAAUAUUAUUGAAUUAAUUUGUCAAUUACAUUGUAAUUGGAUUUUUACAUUUAUUUUUACCUUUGUGCCUUCCUUUUUGGUAGAUUUUAUCUUUAAUUUAAUUAUAUAUUAUGAUUUCAGUCUGAAUAUUUAUGCUUAUUAAAAAGAAAAUUGUAUUGUG